AUGGAAGACGAAGUAUUACCUCCCUCUCCAACCAUUCCUUUUGAUGAAGAGAUUGUAUCAUUCUCUUCAACAAAUGUACAACCACCACCAUCAUCCAACAACAUGCUUUUCGCUGGUAAUGUUGGUAGUGCUGGUAAUAUUGCUGGCUUUGGCCAUCAUCAACCACCUCUCUAUGCACCAACUUUACCCUCUUUUUUUGCAAACACUUACCAAAUUUCAGAUCCGAUGAUGGUAUUCAGUCAGCAACAACAAGAACAACACUAUCCAUCUACUACGAGUGCUGCUGCUGCUACUAAUAAUAUGCAACCACAAUCACAACAACCUUUGGUUCAUCAUCGUGGUAAUGAUGGUGUUGCAACAUCUCAAGAAGCACUCAAAGAGAUGGUCAAGCCAACCGAUACGACCAAAAGUCAAAGGACAGAAGUGCCCACUAGUACCACGAGUAUCCACAAUAACAACCACAACAUGAAUACAACAACAACAAGUAUGACUCAGAGUAGUACCACCACCACUCUGACCACCACUCUGACCAACAACAACAUUGAUACUACUACUACUACAACAACAACACACACUCCUCUUCCUCCACCACCACCUUCUUCCUCCUCCUCACAACAACAACAAGAUGGAGGAUCAAAAAAAAAGAAAAAGAAAAAAGAAAAGAAGAAUGAACCUCGUUUUCCAUUCAAAGUCUUGCAUCAAAAAUUGGUAUUAGAUGUUGAUUUAUAUCAACAAGCAUUAGUAGGAUAUACUGAUAUAAGAUUUACACCUCUUCAUAACAACAUUACACAAAUCUCCUUACAUUGUUUACAAUUAAAUGUCACUGGUGUUCAUACCAUUUAUGUCAACAAGCAUAAACCAUCAUCCAUGAUGAAUGGAACAACAACAUCUGGUGUUAGUACUAGUGGUGGUGUUGGCAGUGGUGGAACUCUUAAUUCUCAAGAAUUAUUCACCCAUCAACAUCAACAUUUCAUUGAUCAAGUUUCUUUGACACAAAUUGAAACUCAUCCUACUAAAAAUUUAGAUCAAAUCUCUAGAGAAUUUGCAUUACAAUAUGAACUUGAAAAUGAAGGUACUCUUACUAUUACAUUUAAAGUACCAUUAUUGAAAAAGACAAGUACUACCAUUAGAAUCUAUUUUGAUUUAAAAAAUCCAACCAGUGGAGUCUAUUUUGUAAAUUGUCAAAAGACAAGUAUAGUAGAGAAUGGAAAUGGUGAUUCCAUGCGCAUUAAUGAUUCCAUCAUGAUGGAUGAAACCAAUGAUACAAGAGAAGAUAUUUCAGAAUUUGAUGAAAAUGGAAAGAGAAAUUCCAAAUCUUCACAAUCCUAUCCUCACAUGUACACUCAAAGUCAACUCUUAGGUGCUCGUUGUUGGUUUCCAUGUGUAGAUUUAUUAUCAUCUUAUCAUCAUUUUGAUUUUGAAAUUACUUCUCAUGCAGAUUGUAUGAUCAUUUGUUCAGGUGAAUUAAUUCGACAAGUGGAGAACUAUUCUGGAACAUUGAAAACUUCUUAUUUCAAAACACAUUCGAUCCUAUCACCAGCGAGUGUUUGUCUAGCAGUUGGACCAUUUAAUAUUUCGUAUUCGACCUUGACACUUGGUUCUCAUCUUCAACAAUAUCAACCAGCCACCACUUCCAAUGUAGGAACAUCAUCAUUCACCACUCAUCCCUAUGAAUUAACAUUGAAUGCCUUCUAUUUACCAAAUUAUUCAUUAGAAUCCAUACGUCAUACAUUGGGAUUUAUCAAACGAGCAUUUCUAUUUUUAGAAGAAUAUUUAGAAUUCAAAUAUAGAGAUUUAUUCAAUUCUACAACAUUUAAUGUUGUAUUUAUCGAGAAUGGUUAUACAGAACAUUCAUCCUUUGCCUGUAUGUGUUUGGUAGAUUCCAAUCGAAUGAUUUUAGAACCAAACAUUAUUGAUCAAGUUCAAGAAAAUAGAACCAAAUUCACAAAAUUAUUGGCUGAACAAUAUUUUGGUAAUUUUAUUCAUCCAAAAACAUUUUCAGAUUAUUGGCUUAUUGAUGGCAUUGCAGGAUAUUUAGCAUGGCAAUUCUAUGAGAGUGAAUUUGGUCAAAAUACUAAAAGAUUUAAAAUGAUGCAAUCAGGAAAGGAAUUACUAGAAAUGGAAAAACAUACAUUGUCUCUAUACAAUGAGAGUGUAGGAGCCAUUCCUCAAAAUUCUCAACAUGUACAUGAUUACAUUUCUAAGAAGGCUCCUCUUGUCUUGUACAUGAUUGAUCGACAAGUAUCUACUUCUCACAUGAGAGAAUUAUUGAACAAAAUGUUGUUCAAUGCUCAUUCGGAUCAACAUUCCAAACGUUUUAGUGAUCGUUUACUUUCUACAAGUUCAUUUCUAAAGACAUGUGAAAAGAAGUAUGCAGUAGAUUUGAAAUCCUUUGCAUCCUAUUGGAUUUAUGGUACUGGUGUCCCACAAUUUGCAAUUUCAUUCAAAUAUGAUGAUAUGAGAAGUUGUGUGGAUUUGAAAGUGAAACAAAUAUUACCAUAUCCGGAAUGUCCACCUUUUAAAGGAAAAGUAACAUUUAGAAUUUUAGAAAGUGAAGGUGCACCGAAUGAUUUUCUUGUUGAUUUAGAUCGUGAAGAAAAUCAAUUUGAAUUUCAUAUCAAUUCAAAACCUAUCAAGAAACAUCAUCGUAAAAUUACAGGUGGUACUACUUCAGAGGCAGUUCGUAUUAAAAUUCCACUCAAAUGGAUUCGAUUUGAUCCUGAACAAGAUUGGAUCAAAGUAUUAUCAUUUUCACAGACACAAGAAAUGUGGAUUCAUCAAUUGAAUGAUGUUAAAGAUGUUGUGGCUCAAUAUGAAGCUAUUAAGGCUCUCACAUUCUUUGCUGAUACAGAACCGAUCAUUGAUGUACUGAAGAAUAUAAUUAGAGAUUCAUCGUAUUUUUAUCAGAUUCGAGUCUGUGCUGCACAUGCUCUCUCGAAAAUACCUCAACCCAUUGAAAAGAAGAUGGCACUCGAUGUGUUGAUUGAAUAUUUUAAGAAUCAAUUUUAUGCAAUGACGAGUGGUUCGAGUGCGAGUGCGAGUGCGAGUGCGAGUGGUAUUCAGAGUGGUUCAAAUACCGGUGGUGGUGUUGGAGGUAUUCAGAGUGGUAUUCAGAGUGGUGAUGCAAGUGGUAUUCAGAGUGGUACUGUUGGAGGUGUUGGAGGUGCUGCUGCUGAUUCGACUCUUUCAACAAGUGGUGAUAAAUCGAUUCCAACUCCAACGACUACUACCAACACCACCACUCCAAUGGCGAUUACUCCAAUCCCUACUACCAACACCACCAACACUCUGACCACCAACACCACCAACACUCUGACCAAUAACAGUAUCACCACCAAUAUGACCACUCUUGGAUCUUCCAAAUUGCUGCCAAACAACACAUCAUCCCUAACCACCACCACCUCAACCACCACCACCACACAUUCACCAUCCAUCCUUCCAUCGAAUACUCCAUCCUUUUUAAAACCAAAUAAUUUUAGAAACUUUGCAGAAUAUUUCAUGAAAAAAGAAAUUCCAUUAGCACUCACUAAUUUUAGAGAUGAAAAGGUGAAUAAUGAAACAUUCCCUGAAGUCAUUCUAUUAUUACUAGAUUUAAUCAAGUACAAUGAUGAUUCUGAAAAUCCAUUCUCUGGAUCCUUUUAUAUUGCUAGUUUAAUUAAGGCAUUGAGUUUAGUGAAUACAAGCAAUCAGAAAUUUAAAGAAAAGAUUGAAAAGAUCUUUUACAAGUAUUUAGUGAUUGAUUCUGAUUUAAUUCCAAGUUAUCAUCAUGUCAAAACAGUAUCAUCCUUACAAGCACUCUCUCUUUUACAAUCAAGUGGUAAAUCGAGUGUCAAAUUGGAUUUAUUUUACAGAUAUCUCAAUUUUAGACAAUCGGAUUAUGUGAGAUUUGCAGCAUGGGAAUGUAUUUUGAAUAUUUUAGAUUCUCUUGUGGUGGUAAAUCCAUCUAGAAUCAAUAAUAAUAAUGAAUUCAUAAUGAUGAUGAUGAUGGAUCCAAUUUUGAAAACGAAUCAUGCUACUCAUAGUGCUACCCAUAGUGACAAUGCGACUACUUCUACUAUUACUGCAACUUCUACUACUCCUACAACUAGCAAAAAUAUUAUUGGUAGUAAUGGUUCUAGUAGUAAUAAUAAUAAUAUUAUUGGUAGUAAUGGUAUGACAAUGAACGAAGAAGAAGAUUAUACUCUCUUCCAAUUAGCCAAAGAGACUAUGAGUGAAUACUUGAUGAGACAUUUUCAACACUCUCAAUUACAAUUAUUGAAUCAUGUAAGACAUCUCAUUCUAAACAAGUAUCUAUCUUUAAUGAGUGAUGAACAUGAAUGUCCUCAUGUGAAAUAUGAAAUUUCUAAAAUACUCUCCAAUGCACUCUAUAAGAGUUCAGCUCAAAUGUUAAUGCAAUUCAAUGAACAUUCCCAACAAGGAAGAGUACAUUUGAAUUUUGUGAAAAAGGUAUCACCUCUUGCAUUGUUCUUGUUGGAUGUUCGAUCUCCUCAUCCCAACAAUGUAAAGAUUGUAGAGAGUGUUUGGGAAUUUUUACAAAAUUCAAACUCGACUACUCAAUACGAUCGAAGAUUGAGAUCAGCCAUUGUUGAAGUGUAUCGUGCUCUAUGGGAUCAAGUAACACCCUUGUGUUGUUGUGAAAAUGAUGAAGUGAGUCAUUCCAUCAAGAAUUUAUUGACAAGUUUGAAUGAAUAUUUCAACAACACUCAUAACACUCAUGUGACGACACCUAGUACAAGUAUUACUAGUAGUAGUAGUAGUAGUAACAAGAGUACAAGUAGUAACAAGAGUAACAAAAGUAAGAGUAGUAGUAGUAGUACCAAUAGUAGUUAUAGUACUCUCUUUUCAUCAAAGAAUGAACAGUUAUUAGCUUCCUACAUGAUUGCACCCUCUCUACAAGGUAUUUCAGAUUUACAAAUUGUUCAACCACAACAAUUGAAGAGUCAUCAAUAUUUGAAGAGUGAAUAUCCACCUGUAGUAUUUGAUACAAGUCAUCUCUCAAAGAUGAUUAUCACACCACCCAUUCCAGAAGAGUCAAUAAUAAGGGCAAGUUCAAGGAAAAAACAAUCAACAACGAGUGGUGUUAGUAGUAGUAGUAGUAAUAGUGGUGGUAGUGGUAGUGGUGGUGGUAUUAGUGCUGAUCUAACGACUACCACCACUUUGGAUCAGAGUUCGAAUUCAACAAGCAACAUUCCAUCUGCAACAACCAUUACCUUACCUGUGGUAACUCUUGAAUCCAAAAAGAAAGAAUCGAAAAAGAAAGAAUCAAAGAAAAAGAAGGAAUCCUCUGAAUCAAAGAAAGAAUCCAAGAAAGAGUCAUCAUCGAGUAAAAAGAAGAAAUCUACAAGUAGUAGUACUAGUGGUGGAGAUUCUGAAAAGAAGAGAAAAAGAGAGAGUGAAAAAUCAACAACCACCACUACAGUUUCCUCCUCCUCCUCUUCAGAAACGACAAAAAAGAAAAAGAAACAACCUGAACCCCUCGAUGCUACCAAGAUUAAGAUUAAAUUGGGAGAUAGUAUCACAACCACCACUCCAUUGAGUAGUAGUGGAGUACUCAAUUCUCAAGAUAAGAUUCCAAAAGUGAACAAGGCAAGUUCUUCCAAUGCUAUCCAUGCACCUAUUGCUACUGCAUCUGCAACUACUACUACCAGCAGCUCUGCAUCAAUGGAUGUUUCUAAUACCACCUCUACAACCACCUCUGCUGCAACCAAUCCUAUUCUACACUUUAAACCUCAACCUGUGGAAAAACAACUCAUGCAAACCAAAUACAAACAACGAGAAGAGAAAAUUAAGAAAAAUUCAACACCUUCUCGUAUCAUGCUUAUUAACAUGAAUGAAACAGAUACAAGAAUUUAUGUGGAAUUGGAUGAUCAUUCCUUCACUGCUAGUGCUAUUUAUAGAUCUCUUCCAAUGAAAUCCUUUGAAGUGUCCAGUGGUGGUAAAGGAAUUAUUUAUUUUGCCAUUCCACAAGUAGAACAAAUCACAGAUUUAGAAGAAGAAUCAAGAUCAGAAGUUAAAAAUGGUGAAUUAGCUUAUUGGAUUGAUGGUCUUUCCAUUGUCAUUGGUUAUUCAAAAACAAUGUAUUCUGUUCAGAAUGAAAUUAGACUCUAUCAAUGUUGUAAUAUUUUUGGUGAAAUGAUUUAUCCACUUUCAACAAGAAAUAUUACUAAGAAUGUUACAAAACAAACCAUUUCAUUGGUGAGAUUACCACGUGUAUCAUUAGAUAUUCCAGAAUUAUCACAAUCUAUUGAUAUUGAUUUGUAUGAUUUAGAAUUUCCAAAUUUAACCAAAUUUAUGGCACACAUUAUGCCUGUGAGAGGUGUUUUUAUGCCUCCAUUUGGAAAAUUAUUAUAUUUCAAUUUACCACAACUCUAUACACCUUCUGAUGAAGAUCGAGAACAUGAAAGAUUCUAUCGAGAUUAUUUAUUACCAGGAGAAGUAGCUUAUUGGGCUGAAGGAGGUGCAUUAUUAUUAGGAACAGGUCCAAGUGCUCUUGUGCCACCAUCGAGCACAAGUGGUGGCAGUGGUGGUCAGAGUAUAAGUAGUGGAGGCAGUUCUUCUUCUUCUACCACUCAUACCAAUCAAGAACGUUAUUAUUUAUUAACCAAAUGUUUUGUCAUUGGAAAAAUGAUAUCUCCACACUAUCGACAAUUACCAAUGGUUAUUGAAAAGAGAAUGAGUGGUGGUGGCAGUUCUUCUUCAGAUGGUGGUGGUGGUGGUCAAUGUGGUGCUAGGAGUGGUAGUAUCAUUGGCUCCUCCUCCUCUGAAAUUCCUCCUCCAGAUUUAUCUCUCAUUCUUCACAAACGAGACAUUGUCAUUCAAAUCACAUUCAAAGAUUCAUCUCUACCAACCAUUGAAAUGUUAUUUGGAUUGAGAAAUACGGUCACAGCGGAUGUUAUUUAUGAACAUUGUUGUGCCUUGAAUAAGGUAUUGAAAUUUGAUCAAUUUGAAGUGUCAUCCUCCUCAUCACCUGUGUGUGGAAUGAUUUCAUUCUCUUUGGAUUCAAGUCAAGAAGAAAUUGCAAAUUUACAACAUGAAGUGAAUGUUGCAGUGAAAACCAUUUCAACUCCAGGUGAUUUGGCAUUCAUGUGGGAUUCUUAUAGUAUUAUCAUGCCAUUCCAUAGAAAUAAUGGUCAUCCAGGUGGUGGUGGUGAAAUUGAAUUACCAGAUAUGGCCAAUGUAUGGGCAAGAUUUAGAAGUGUUGUGGUGAGUGGUUCGAGUGGUGGUUCUGGUGUCAGCUCUUCAAUGAGCUAUGCAGCUGCAAUGCAAUACAUUGCAUCGAAACCCAUUCAAUCCAUUGCCAUGAGAAGAUAUCACGUGCCUUGA